GACCGGCUUCAAUCCAUUCCCGAAUGGCUCAAUGGAGUAAUCGAGUCGUCGCCGCCAUGAGUGAUGGGGUUGCUCAGGUGUGCUUCAGGUAAAUCCGCCGGAGAUGAGGGUCUACAGUUACAUUUGGGAUGCGGGAGGAAGUACCUGAAGAAAACCCACUGAAACGCAGAGACAGCAUGCAAACUGAGAUGUUCCAAUACGGAUUCAAACCCGCAUCUUCUGACAGCCCAGGCUGCACCCUCACCCGCCUACUUCCUUGACACCGCUCAUAACGGACCAGCAGGCGCACCGGCAGCCCCCUUCUCUGCUGACUCAGUGCCUUAGCGAGCAAGCAGCAGUCCUCCCAUCCCUGGAAAAGAGCAUCCAGCGCGUCGGCUCUCCUCGGCUCAGCACCACAGAAAUGGCCAAGACCGCAAUCGCAGCUUACAAGGAGAAGAUGAAGGAGAUUUCCGUCUUCUCGCUCAUCUGCUCCUGUCUGUACCCCGACAUCCACAAGAACACCCUGGGCGACUUUGAAGACCUGGACAUCAAGCCCAUCAACAAGCGGGCCUCAGGCCAGGCCUUCGAGGUCAUUCUCAAGCCGUCCUCGCCCGUGUCCGACGCGGCCUACUGCGUCACCAGCCCCCCCAAGAGGGACAUCUCCCUGGAGGACAUCCAGAAGAAGCUGGAGGCAGCCGAGGACCGCAGGAGAUCCCAGGAGGCGCAGGUGCUCCGCGCCCUGGCCGAGAAGCGCGAGCACGAGCGCGACGUGCUGAUGAAGGCCAUGGAGGAGAACAGCAACUUCAGCCGCAUGGCCGAGGAGAAGCUCCAGCUGAAGAUGGAUCAGAUCGAGGAGAACCGGCAGGCCUACCUGAGCGCCCUCAUGGAGCGCCUGCAGGAGAGGGAGAGGCACGCUCAGGAGGUGCGCAGGAACAAGGAAUUGAAAGAAGAGGUGACAGCGUGAGGAGCCCACCACCACCACCAUCAUCACCACCAUCACUCCACCCCGCCCUGAGGUUCUUGGCAGCCGCUUCCAACCCCACCUGUCCCUGCCCCUUGCCAUACUCAUCCCUCCCCUGUCACGUUACUACUCUGAAAGUACCACACAGCAUCAUGGCGGUGGGGGGUGUGUGUGUUUGGGGGUGGAUUUUGACAAAUGCAAAAGAAUCAUGACCAAGAAGAAACAAAUCUCCCACCGUACCCUCCCCAGGCAGAAUGAAUCAGAACACGACAGCGGUUUUGUAAAUACUUCUUUUUUUGGUACGAGACGAGCAGCAAAAGUAUUGAUUGCAGUGUGACUUUGUUUUGCAAUCAUCCUCCUGGCAUAUAAAUGAAUGUGAUUGCAUUCUUUGACCUUCUUUUCUCUCGUUUUGGUUGUUUUUGUGAUGCGUUAGCAGGCUUAGGUGUUUGUUGUGAGUUUGCCAGCUAGCUCAUGUUUGCUGUGACUGUUUGCAAGGCCCUCCAUCUUAACCCCACAACUACUCCUUCUUGCUCACACAUUCCACCGCAAGUAGUCAUUGCCAGUCUGGACACUGAAAUUGAUUUUUUUUUUCUCCCCCCCAAAAUAGUGUUUAAGUUUGUGAAGUGGACGAGACAGCAUUUAAACCUCCCUCUUCAUCAUUCCUGCUGUACAGAAUCAAACCUAGCACCCUAGUAGAACUCUACUUCGUCUCUCGCCCCCCUCCCUCGGUGCAUUUCAGUUCAUGGGUCAGGUGUGAACACCGGUACAGACAAACUCAAGUUGUUAAAUGAACCAAUCAGGGUAUUAAGCGGUGACUUACCCAACGGGUCGUCGCUUCAGCAUGUUAGCCGUUAGCAUGUCACCAUCCUGAGCAUAUUUUUUAGGUGUAAAUGGGAAUCAUUUGCUCGCCGCGUCCUCUUACAGUACACUCGGUCGUUCCGUGGUGUACCGUAGCCUGCUACGUCGUCAAUUUCAUCAUCAAAGUUAUCCGCGCUGCGUCCCAUCCCUUCUUCCUGUUUACCUUCUUCCCGCUGACCAACUGGAGAGGCGAGUGAAGUCACGUGGCCUGUAGUGACGCAUUCAAGUACGCUCGUAUGAUCGAUAACCGCGCCAAGGUGGGGGAAACGCACAGCAAUUUACGAACAAAGCGAGCGAUUCCGAGCAAAGAAAGACGGAAAUGUGAAAGCCACGUGGUAGACAGGAGUUUAAGCCAAUUAUAGCACAUGUUUUUGGCUCGGCUUGCAAAAUAAAUCUAAAGCUAGGCCCCCUCCCUUUUGUACAGGCACAUGUCUAGCAUAGCACACACAACUAAGAUGGGAGCAUGUAGGAAGGCUGCAUAAUAACCCAAUAAAUCAUUUCACAGUGACUACAGCACACUAGGAAGACAGUGUCGUUAAUGGAGGCUUGCAAGAACCAAGGUAGCUGUUGAAGCCUGAGGUUGAACCCAUUGGUUGGCGGCACGUUGUUGCACAGUAGACGUGUGCAGAUUUUAGGAAAAGCCUGCAGAUUUUUGUGCCGUGUGAUGAUAAUGCGGUGACGUUUGACGAGUUUGUCCCAGACGACCCCAAACAACCCUUUCUCUCUCUCUCUUUCCUCUAUUCAUUAGUAUGUUAACCCUCUCUCCACAUACUGUAUAUCAUUGUGAGCAAGCAGUGGUUAAUAAAGAUUUGGGGUUCAAUGACAAAAAAA